ACAUUUAAGACAGAUGUAAAUGGUAACUGCACUGUUCUUCUGUAUAAUGAAGGGGAGACUUCGAAGAACUUUCAGCUCUCAAAUGAUAUAAAAGGUUCAGCAGAAUUUAUUAUCAAUAUGUCUAAGCUUAUCAGCGACUUAGACAUAAACUUAAACAUAAAAGUCAGAGCUAUGGUUACCGAUAAUGCUACAGCACUAACAAUGGUAGCCGAACGCAGAUUGAAUAUUGCUUCGAAUAUACUACAGCCCAUAACUAUAACAAACAUUGCUGCUUAUAAGAAUAGCUAUAUACCUGGAAUGACUUAUCGUACAAAGAUCUUUGUUGGAAGAAAUGGUAAAUCAUUAGGAAGAAGCGGCAAGCUCUUAGUUACACCAACGGUUACUACGGCAAUAUUGGGGACUUGUUACUCUAAUCACUACUUCUCCUACCCAUGGCUGAAUGUAAACACUCAAGUCAAAAGAUCUUUUACAAUCAAUUUUGACGAGUCUGGAUAUGCUGACUUUGAAUAUUUUGAUAGCACUCAAAAUGUAGAGGAAAUUUCAUUCGAUAUUACAUUACAAGAUGCAAGAAGUGUUCAGCUGACUGAUUUUUCCAGUUCAUUUGACAUUUAUCCUCUUUUGGACAAUAAACCUAUUCUUCGGAUGAAUGUUAACAAGCUCAGAGCAAAGGUGGGGGAAAGAAUUGCUAUAGACAUAACUGCAACGAGAACACUAAACGGAGCGUUGACAUUUGAGGUGUAUGCAAGGGGCAUCCAUAUUGUAUCAGAACGGGUAGCCAUAAACUCUGCUUCAACAAAGACACAUUCUAUGCCAGUAACGAAGGAUAUGAUUCCAAGUGCGUUUAUAAUAGUAAAUCACUUGACACAAACUGGUAACCUGAUCGCCGACUAUGUAUACAUACAGGUUGAAGGAAAUCCAUUCAAAAAUGAGGUAGAAAUAUCAUUCGAUGUCACGAAACAACAGCCAGGAGAGACGGUAAACAUGCACGCAUCCGCCGAUCCACACUCAACAAUUUAUGUCUUAGCCGAGGAUCUCAGGAACCGUGUGUUUGGUGUUGACAACGACAUAUUUUGGACAGACGUUGUACGAGAGAUUGUGGAUGCGAGUCCUAGUAUAAGGCAAAAUAUUAGAAAUUAUAAAAACAGAAACAAGCGUGCAGACCAAGAAAGACAGUUGGCUAAACGAUCACAUGGGCAUCUUGGAGAUUUAGACGACACAUUUAUUGAAAGUGGAUUGAUAGUUCUUUCUGAUGCGACUAUUUCCGAGCAAAAGCUAGAUUUACUUACUUCAAAAGGGUAUACAGAAGUGUGUGGUGAACACGACACAAGAUUGGCUUCAACCGCAGGCUGUUUACUCUGUUCAAACCGUAAGUACAAAUAAUUCAAGAAUGUAUGCUUAAAAGAUGUCUAGGUCUCUAUUAUACAUUUAACCCUUUAAUUUUAAAUUA